AUGCACGGUGACAUGUUUCCUGGCCUAGUGAAGACCGGCACAUUGACACCCGAGAACGUCUCCAAAUACGCAAAUUAUCUCCGGGAUACGGAAACCCGCGUAACUUACGGCGACAUCCGCACAGGCUUGGGGGCGUACCUCUUUCUGCAGUAUAUUAUACAACACAGCAAGACACUUGAUACAACUACCAACUCUGCGAUCAGCAAAGAGAUUGCGCUGAUGCGCCCUUUCUUCCACGAAGAAGCCCAGGGACCGCCUCCGAAAUGCACAAAGGUGGACACAAACCUGGAGCUCUGGUUGAGCGACCAUAUUCGGCUGCUGCAGCGCAUUGUGGACGCGCACAACGACUCUCUGACAGGUAUCGUCGAUUACCACGGUACGGCCGCGUCUCCCGACAACUUGGAUGACCUCUGGGAGGCGGCCGGCAACUCCCCUGACACCGACGGAGCCAAGUUCUUCGCCUUGCAGGCCAGCCGGUACUUCGCCAAGGAGGUCAUUGCAAAGUACAACGUCACGACCAAGAACCUUGAGAUCUACAUCAGCAUGUGUAAGAAGGCGGUCAAGGAUCUCAAAGCUGCCGCUGGCGACGGACCCGUUGACGAAGAGGAUACAGAUGCCGAGAUGCAAGAUGAUUGA